AUGGCCAUAAUCGAGGAACGCUUGGACACUGGAGGAAUCGCCCACACUCAACUCGUUAAUGGCAUAGUUAAAGCGACGAAGUCAAGUCGACCUGAACACGGAGAUAGACAUGUUGGAAUGGUGUAUAUAGUCGACCUUUUAACUCGGAUGUUCCUACCGUCAGGAUAUCCCAAUAGUGUUUCUCCAGAUUAUCUUCGUUAUCAAAUUCUAAAUGCACUGCAAGCGUUUUGUAACUCGUUAGCUGGGAUGUUGUCAUCGAGGGCCAUCUUACAAGGAUUUGGUGUAGGGGAUCCCACUGCCUCAGCCACCAAGGCACUUCUACUUACAGUGUUACAAGAUGUCUUCGGUCGACUGACGACCAUACUGUCCGCACAUCUAAUUGGGUCUUCUCUUUAUCCAGAAGCAAAAACCUAUCGGCUGCUUGCAGAUGUAUUAAACGACACGGCGGUGAUUCUGGAUACCCUGUCCCCGUUCUUCAACACGUUCUCUAUUCCUGGUCUUCGUGUUGCUUCUCUCUGUCUGAGCGCUAUUUUCAAAUCUCUCUGCUCCAUCUGUGCUGGAGGCUCCAAGGCCGCAAUUGCGGUACACUUUGCUACCCCUAUUUCCGGUAAAGGCGAUGUAGGUGAUCUCAAUGCGAAAGAUGCCAGCAAAGAAACUGUGCUCGCUCUUUUCGGCAUGCUGCUUGGAACAUUAAUUGUUCCAUAUGUGUCGUCGCCUUUAUCGACACACAUCCUACUCUUCAUUCUUGUCAGCCUCCAUCUUGGGAUAAACUACGUCGGCGUACGUUUGCUUAUACUGCGUUCACUCAACCGACAGCGACUGGCAAUUGCGUGGCAAAUGUUUGACGGUUCUGUAAAAGGUCACGCCCCUGAGCCAUCCGAGGUUGCGCCCCUUGAGCGCAUAUUCAACUUUUCGGAUUUUGUCUAUGAGAUCAAUAGCACCAGAAUUCGUUGGCACAUAAAGGUCGCGACUUUAAAUGUCCUUUCUGUUUAA